CCUUAUCUUCACCAUACCUGGUUGUCCAAAUUAGGCAUAAUAAUGUGUUAAUUCCACGACUGCAUAUAUCGGUAGAUAUCGGUAUCGGUAAUUAAGAGUUGGACAAUAUCGGAUAUCGGCAUAAAAGCCAUUAUCGGACAUCCCUAAUAAAUACUCACUAUUACUCCUUCCCUGAGCAAAUGAUUACCAGUGAUAUGAUGAAAUGAGUAUUUACAUAGUGACGUCAGCGUGCCGGGCGAAAGGGGCGUGGCUACAGUCUGACCCAGUAAGUCGGCAGACCAGAAGACAAAAAGCCCCCAAAGUCACCAUGGAGGCUGUCGAGAAGACGCUGUUGUUGUUGUUGUUGUUGGCGCUUGUUGUGCUGUGCGCGCCCACGGGCGGGACCCGAGCGAGGCACCGCGUGGACCCUCGCUUCGUGUCCGUCACCAUCGACGCCAGCCUCGCGCAGGACGAGCGCUUCAUGUACCUGCUCAGCUCUCCUAAAGUCCGCACGCUGGCCAAAGCCUUGGCGCCCGCCUACGUGAGGUUCGGAGGAACCCGCCAGGACUUCAUGGAGUUCAGUCCUCAGCGGGACCGUGGAAUGGCCGUACCGAAGCGCAACUGGGCGGAGCUUCCUCUGUGUUGGGAGGAGCAUCUAAAAGCGCAAUGGCGUAAACAAGCGAAGCUGCUGGCCCAACAAGACAUGAACAGGAAGUUCCCUCAAAUUGAGUUCACCGAGGUGACACUGGACCUGCUGCACGCCUUCGCCAACAACUCCGGACUGGAUCUCAUCUUUGGACUCAACGCGCUGCUGAGGAAUGCCGACAAUACGUGGAACAGCAGCAACGCUCGCUCGCUGCUCGGCUACUGCCAGUCCAAACGCUACCGUGUGUCCUGGGAGCUCGGCAACGAACCAAACAGCUUUGAGAAGAAGGCGGGGAUUCGCGUGGACGGCGUCCAGCUGGGGGAGGACUUCGCUCGUCUCCGGGAGAUGAUGUCACAGUCCGCGUGGUACCGCCGCGCCGGUCUCUACGGACCCGACGUGGGUCAACCCCGACACCGCACCGUCGACUUGUUGGACAGGUUCCUGAGGAGCGGAUCCCACGCCGUGGACGCCUGCACCUGGCACCAUUACUACGUCAACGGGAGGGACACGUCGCUGGACGACUUCCUGGACCCCAAGAUCCUGGACUCCCUGGCGCCCCAGAUCAAACACGUCAUGAAGGCAAGUGGCUUGUGGCGUGUGUCACGUGGCGUGCUGACGCCCCCUGGCUUCCCGUCUGCGCAGGAAGUGAGGCGCACGUCUCCGGGGAAGCCUGUGUGGCUGGGAGAGACAAGCUCCGCCUACGGGGGCGGGGCCGUGGGCCUGUCGGACACGUUCGCAGCGGGCUUCAUGUGGUUGGACAAGUUAGGACUGGCGGCUAAAAUGGGCGUGGCCGUGGUGAUGAGGCAGGUCUUGCUGGGUUCCGGAACCUACCACCUGCUGGACGACAACUUGGAUCCUCUUCCGGACUACUGGCUGACGCUCCUGCACAAGUCUCUGGUUGGACGCGGCGUUCUGAGCGCCGCCAUCUUUGCCGAGACGAGCGGAAGCAGACGCGUACGUCUCUACCUGCAAUGCAGCGCCACGCGCAGGUACGCGGCGGGCGCGGUCACGCUCAUCGCCAUGAACCUGGGCAAGAUGGCCGCCCAGGUCGCCGUACCAACAUGGCUAGCGGCGAGUGGCGUGGACGCCUUUGUGCUUCAGUCGGAUGUAGAAGGCGAGGACGGCCUCUUGUCCAGGUCCGUGAUGCUGAACGGUGACCUUCUCAAGAUGGCGGAGGGUGGAACACUCCCGCCCCUUAAAGGCAGUCGUCUGCCAGCUGCAGAACAUCUUCAACUUCCUGCUUUCUCACUGGCUUUCUUUGUCUUCACGGACGCACAACACCACGCCUGCGCCGCGUGACCUCCACCUUCUCAUCGUAGUCAUGUGACCUCAUGUAGUAGCUGUCACAUGCUUCUGUUAUGGUUUGCACUGCUCUAUUCUAUCUCUUAUAGUUUUAUUUUCUAUUAAAGAAGGCAGACAUUUGUAUUGUCUAUUCUGCCUAGCAACAGGAGACGGACAUUUUUUAUUAUCCGUUCUGCCAAGCAACAGUAGGCUGAAUUUUGUGUUAUUUUACUAUUUUUGACUAGCAACAGAGGGGAGACAUUUUAUAUUUUAUAUUCUACCUAGCAACAAGAGGCAGCCAAUUUUUUUAUUUUCUAUUCAAGGAGGCGGGCAUUUUUAAUAUUGUAUUCUACCUAGCAACAGGAGGCUGAACUUUUGUAUUAUGCAAUUUGGGAUAACCUCCAGCCCCCCCGCCCCCCCGUGACCGAGAGGGACAAGCGGUACAAAAUGGACGGACGGAUGACUCGCAACAGAAGGCAGACAUUUCACAUUUCAUAUUCUUCCGAGCAAUAGAAGGCAGACAUUUUGUAUGCAUACUCGCAACAUGAGGCAGACAUUUUAUAUUUUCUUUUCUACCUCGUAAAAAGAGGAAGCCAUUUUUUAUUUUCUAUUCUGCUUAGCAACUGGAGGCAGACCCUCUUUUAAAUGUCUUACUCUACCUAGCAACAGUAGGCACACAUUUGUUUUGUAAUAUGACUAGCAACAGGACGCAGACAUUUCAUAUUUUAUAUUCUACCUAGCAACAAGAGGCGGAGAUUUUCUAUUUUCUUUUCUACCUCGCAAAAAUCAAUCAAUCAAUCAAUCAAUGUUUAUUUAUAUAGCCCUAAAUCACAAGUGUCUCAAAGGGCUGAAGAGGAAGCCAUUUUUUAUUUUCUAUUCAGCUAGUUUUUUUUGUCUAUUCUGCUUAGCAACUGGAGGCAGACCCUUUUUUAAAUUUCUUAUUCUACCUAGCAACAGUAGGCACACAUUUUUUUGUGUAUUAUGACUAGCAACAGGACACAGACAUUUCAUAUUUUAUUUUCUACCUACCAACAAGAGGCAGACAUUUUUUUUUUCUUUCAAUUUUAAAGAGGCCGCCAUUCCUUAUUGUCUAUUCUGCUAAGCAACAGGAGGCUGAUAUUUUUUUUAUUUUCUAUUCAAAGAGGCAGACAUUUUAUUGUCUAUUCUGCCUCGCAGCAGGAGGGAAACAUUUUAUUUUUUACCUAGCAAUAGGAGGCAGACAUUUUUUAUUUUCUAUUCAUACUAGCAAACAGGAAGCAUACAUUUCAUCAUUUCUAUUUUAAGCCAUUUUUAUUUUCUAUUCAAGGAGGCAGACAUUUUUUAAUGAUCUAUUCUGCCUAGUAACAGGAGGCACACAUGUUUAUAGUCUAUUCAACCCAGAUAUGUUUUAUUUUCUAUUCAAAGAAGAAGACAUGACAAAUGUUUUCUAUUUUACCUAGCAACAGGAAGCAGACAUCUUUCAUCUGGUAUUCUGCCGAGCAACAACAAGAAAAUAAAAGGAUAGAUAAGGUGCUGUCUUGGUUUUUCCUUCAUUCUUCACGCUCCUCGCCAUGAGUGAUGAUGUAACACAAAGACUUGUAGUCCAAGUUCCCUGAUGCGUCGAUGUUGGACGACUGAAACAUUUGCUUGACCUGAACGCAAAAAAAUCCCAUUAUUAAACGGCGAGUCAUCGUAAUAGAUCAUAGAGGUUACCUCUUCCUGUGUGAACUUGUCAGCUUGUGUUGUCAAGAGUUUC